AUGCCUGUUACAACAAGGCAAAAUAAACAAGGGAGAAAAGGCGGCGGCGUGGUUUUUCGCCUUUGCACCAAAGCUUCCUUGUACGCGCUUCUAGUCUGGAUUGUAAAUUGCUCCAAUUCGAGCCAAUAUGGUGGUAAUUCGUACCAUGUGAUGAACAAUGGCCUUGGAAAAGCCAUGGAUUCAAGAACUCUGAGGUUAUUAGCAGAAGCGUACGAGGAAGAUAUAGAACAAGAUGGACCUAUAGUGUACGACGAGGAAGCUAUUGAACAGGAUGGAGAAACUACAGGAGAAGUUGGAGCAGAAGAACAAGAUGGACCUGCAGUAUACGAGGAAGCUAUUGAACAAGAUGGACCUGCAGUAUACGAGGAAGCUAUUGAACAAGAUGGACCUGUAGUGCACGAGGAAGAUAUAGAAGAAGAUGGACCUGUAGUAUACGAUGAGGAAACUAUAGAACAAGAUGGACCUGUCGUACACGAUGAGGAAGCUGUUGAACAAGAUGGAGAAAUUCCAGGAGAAGUUGCAGAAGAAGAGCAAGUUGUGCAAAAAGCUCCUUCUGUAUCCUCAGUGCAAGAACAAGUUAUGCAAAAAGCUCCUUCUGUAUCCUCAGUGCAAGAACAAGUUAUGCAAAAAGCUCCAUCUGUACCUUCAGUACAAGAACAAGUUGCACUGCAAGUUCCAAAAAAUUUAACAAAAGGAAGAAAAAUUCAAUAUAAGGAUGAUGGAUCCAUUCUUGUACAAUCUGUAGAUUUAAACGAGCAACCGGAGUUAAUAAAGCGUUAUGAAAAAAGGAAGAUAGAUGUGCGUGAUAAUUUUAAACCAACAAUAACAUACAAUUUUGAAGAUGCAUUAAAACGUUGUAUUGCAUUCGACGCACGAAUACACGACAGAGAUCAAGACUGCUUGAAUGUUGGUUCAUAUCGAACAGACGCGGACCCAUAUGGUGUAUUACAAAAAAAGAACAAAAAAACGGUGCAAACUGGAUAUUUGAGAAUGUAUCAAAACAAUUUUAGCAAUCUUCCAGACAUAGAUGAUCUAAAAAAUAAUGAAGAACUAGAAGAACCAUACCUAGAAAGAAAAUACGUACGCCCACAUCUAACCCCUGCUUCACCAAAAACAACUGCUUUAAAAAGAAACGUAGAAAGAAAAAUUUAUAAAGAAGAAGAUCAUGAGGAGCAGGAAGAAGUAGAAGAAGUAAAAGGAAAGAAAAAGAAAAGAAGAAGAUUCUGCUGCUUUUAA